AGUUACAAUUGUCAUUUGAAAUUUGUUAUGUACAGUGUGUUAGUGUGUACUUGAAGCCUAGAUUAUAUAGUUUUAUAAUUACAAUUACAACCUAUUCUGUCCCUAAUUUAUUGUUCUAACAUUCAGAUAAGAACUCAUUCCUGUAGUAAAUAUAACCGGCUAAGCAGCUUCCCUCAUCACCAUGAGUUCUGGAUUCCUCAGUCGUACAUUACUGCCACUGCGACAGGUGUUCACAGCGCAGACUUCACAUUUGCACAGUUCAGAUGUUACAUUUGCUGCUGUGAAGAAAACUACUUCUGCCGCCGGAGGUGUUAUGGGGCUGGGGAAAGGCAAGAAAAAAGUCGGCAAGCUAGGUGCUAUGGAAAAGAAAGAAAUGCCUGUAGAGAGCGACCCACACAAGCUAGUCAACUAUGUAUGUGGCUCCAACAUCUACACCACAGGGGAGGACGUCAAGUUGCAGGAGGACGGCGCGUACCCCGCGUGGCUGUGGGCGCUGCGCACGCGCGCGCCCGCGCUGGCCGAGCUGGCGCCCGACUCCAAGCAGUACUGGCUGCGGGUGCGCACCGCCGCCAUGCGCCGCAACAACAAGCUGCGCUCCAUGAGGAAGUUCUAGGCCGUGCCAUCUCCGUAGCCAACUAGCGACUGUAAAUAUUAGUUAGGCAAUAAUACCCGAGCUGUACAAAUAUACCAUUUAUUUCAUUCA